GUUUUAAACAAAAUUUGUGAUUUAAUUAAAUCAAAGAAAAGAAAAGGAGAAUUACCGAUCCUUAAUGGAGUGGUUUGGAAACCGAUUUUUAUGGGAGUUUUAUAACCACGUGUCAGCAUCUCGUUUUUUUUUUUUUUUUUCCUUUUUCUUUUGUCUCUUCCUUUCUUUUUCUCACGGUUUCUCGAGCUCUUGCAUUCUACCUCAGAGGAGAAGAAUCCAGACCAACGACGGACGAGGACUGUGUCGGUCCAAUCGACGUCUCCUCCGUCUUCUCCGUCAGAAGAAGGAGCGGAACUCACCGCCGACUCUCUCGGUGCUCACCGCAUCUCCUCCGUCUUCUCUCAUCUACGCCGUCAGAAGAAGGAUCGAAAUCCACCACCAAUCGACGAAUCUCUCGGUAUUGAUGGCGUUUCCUCCGACUUGUCUCGUCUUCCACCUAUUCGACAACUCUCUCGGUCAUCACGGCGUCUCGUCCGUCGGUUCUCGUCUUCUCCGACGUGCGACGACUCUAUCAGUCCUCCUGGCGUCUCCUCCUCCGGCAGGCAAUGUCUUCAGUUUGGAGAUCAGCUUCUGAAGUCAUCUGUAUUGGUGAUCUGAGGUGGAGGGAUUGGUUCACCUGCAUUAUUGUAUCAUGAAGCUUGUGGUGUGGUAUGGUUACAGACUUAUCGAUCAUAAUGUUGUUGAACUCAACAAUGUGCAUAGGCAGAUAAUCACUAUUCGGAAGGAACAUGAGGUUAGGAAGUUGAAUCUCAAAGCCAAGCACGAGGAGAAAAUGCGACAAGCUCAGAUUCAGUUCUUGUGGCUACUCUCAGCCAGUCUCAUCUCAUCUCUUUUAUUAUGUUACUCGGUUUAUUAACUUAAUUGGCUGAUCCAAGAAAGUUUGUGUAACCUUUUAUUAUGUUACUCGGUUUACACAACAUCUUCAUCUUCCAACAACAUGUAUGUUUCAAGUUUCAUUAUGUAUGUUUCAAGUUUAUGUGAUCUGUUCUGUGUGAAAUGUGAGACAAAGAAACUCAAGUUUAUGCAAAGCAAGAGAAGUCACGAGUUUUUGUUCUUGUAUAAUUAUGUAAAUGCUUGUCCUUGUGUUCUCUAUCUCAUGUUCUUGUCUUGGUAUUUCAGGUCCAAAAGAGUGUUCUUGUCUUCUAAGAAUGGCAUUGACAUUGGCAUUGAGACGAUCAAGUAAGGUUUUCUUGUUUAUGUUUCUUCCUCUUGACCAGGCGGCGAUGGCGACUGUGACUUUUUCUGCGACAUGAAGAUUGGAUCGAUCAAUGUUGUUUUGGGAAUAUUGGAGGCUCAGAUUGAUGAGGAAAUUGGAUUUUAUGGCUCUACUGAGGAGUUUGGAUUGAAAUCACAAGGGGGAAUAAUGUUUUUUGGGCACAAAAGGACAGGAUCCGAUUGGACUUUUCUGAUGAAGACGAAUCAUGGCAUAAGGAAGGAGGGGUUCCUCGGUUGAUUGUGAUUGUGCCAGAUCUAUGGAUAAGGAAAGGGGAGACGAAUAGAGGGCUCCAAAAUUUAGACAAGGAAGGUGGUGGAAAAGUUUAUGGCCAGUUUGAUUUGAUAGAUCUCUCAAGGUACGCUUGGUUUGAGCUGGGAAAAAGGAUUUUUUUGAAUCAGAUCUCAUAUUUUCUCUAGUGAUUGAAUAGGGUAUUAUUCUGCAAAAUCUUGAUCGAUUCAGUAUUAGAAAGGAGAUACGGACUUUGUUCAUAUAUGUUUAUGUGUUUUGCUUUUUGGAAUUUUUCUGGAUUCCCAAUUAGUUAUACUCUUUACCAUUUUGAGUUUAGAGGAAUCUGGAUUGGGAAUUUUGAAGAUAUAACAUAUCAGAAGGGGGAUAUUAGUACUAUUGUACAGAUAAUAGAGAAUAUUCUCAUAUCCAGUAAUUUAUGCGGAAGGAUAUCUGUUUCUAUUUUAAAGAUUUCAUUGGAAGUCGUUAUGAUUGUGUUUCAAGGCAUAUAUAUACUAGAGAAUGCGUGUUAUGUUUUCAUCAUUCUCAGUUUCUCAGCUUGCUCUGUUUACAAUCCGAUAUCAGAUUCUCAUUUUUCUUUUCUCUCUAUUUUUGGAGAAUUAUGACUCAGGGGCAGUGGAUGGUUAAGUCUGGUGGUAAAAAGGUGCAGGCCCCAAGUAUGGGAUUGAAGAUCUCGAUCCCAAAGUUUGAUAAUUCAGUUCUCAUUACUGAAUACUCAAAAACGUUGAUUGGGAGAUGCAUGAAUCCUUUCAAGCAGGAGAUGAAUGCGCUACUGUUCCAUCUACCAAAGAUCUGGAAUGUCGAUGAGAGAGUGGUGGGCGCGGAUCUGGGCCUAGGACGCUUUCAGUUCGAUUUUGACCAGGAGGAAGACAUUGUUGAGGUGAUGAAGAAGGAGCCCUUUCACUUUGAUAACUGGAUGCUGUCUGUUGUUCGUUGGGAACCGGUGAUGGAGGAGAACUAUCCUUCCAAGAUAACAUUUUGGGUGCGUGUCAUUGGUGUCCCUCUGCACUUUUGGGCUGUACCAACUUUCAAAAGCAUAGGCGAGGCACUGGGGGAGGUCCGAGGAGAUGAUGAUAUUGACAUAGAUGAAGGGAAGGUUCGGGUGAUCAUUGACGCUAUCAAGCCUCUGGUCUUUUUGGUUACUGCAGAGUUCCACAGUGGUGAUGAGUCAACCAUCGCUUUAAGGUACGAGAAACUGCACGGGUUUUGUCGAAUCUGUUCGAGUUUGUGGCAUGAUCAGUUUCCUUGUCCGACGGUGAAGAAGAGUACUGACGAGGAGACUGAGGUGCAACCUCCAAAACCGGAGCAGGACCCAGCCAUGUUAAGCUACAAGGGAGCAGUGGAGUCACAAGGAAGAGAGCUUGGUGGUGAUGCGAAUGGGAAUAACCGAAGGCUAGGCCAUCAAGUCCCGAGAAAUAGGGACUACAAGGGCAAGGGUAUUGCUUUUGAUAACAGCAAAUAUGAGGGCAAUAGUAAGUCGGGGUUUAAGAGGUCGUACAGAGAUCAAGACACGGGCUACUUAAGGAAUCUGAGGCAGACUGGGAGGUUCCCACAAUCAGAGGCUCCAAUGAGGUACGCUAUCGAUACACGGGGUUUAAAAAACAUCAACACUCAAGAGAUGGGGCAAAACUUGGACGAGCAACAAAAGCUUAUGCUAGAUGCCUUUAGGAGCGGCAAGAGUGAAGAGACAAACCAGAUAUCAGACUCCACGGCUCGUAAGGCUCUCAGCUUUGAAGGAAACAUCUCCGGAACUGCUAUGGAAGGAUUGGGUGGUACAGAUGUUGCGAGUGGUAUAGCGGGUGCAAGUGUGGGAGAGGAGGACCCUAAGGCAUUGAAGGAGAAACUCCUCCCUGAAAGACAUGGUGCUGAUAAAGCAGAUGGAUCUUAAUAAAGAGGAGAGUGAGGGAGAGAAGAUUGAGGAGAUGGAGGGUCUGUCUGAAGAAAUAGAUUCAGAGUUAACUGGUGAUGUAGCGCUUACUGAGACAGGGGAGCAGGAUGGCUCAGAGCAUGUGGGUGAUGAGGUUUUUGCAGAGGCUGAUUUCGAUGUGGAGGAGGAUGAUCAACUGAUGGAGACAGAAACCCAGGAGGUCUUGAUUGAGUCUGAAGGCAAGGAACGUGGACGUGCUAAUAAGAAGAAGCAGGGGAAAGUUAAUGGAGCUGCUAUGGGAGGCUCUCUUAAGAAGAGAUUGGUGCAGAGUGUCGUCUCCCCAAGGAAGAAGCAUACUGUUAAGAAGGGCAGCAAGGUGGGGGAGAAGGAUGCACUACCCCCAGAGAAGGCUCCGGUUAAGCAUGUUCCUGAUCAGAACUAAAGUGUUUUUAAGGUCUUAACAUUUAAUGAAUAAGUGUUGGGAAAGAGUUAGUAAUUCCCAUGAUUUUAUUGUUGUGUCAUUUUUGUUUCCUUGUUAUGAUUUUCCUCUGAAGUCUUCAGGGUGUUGGAAUAAUAAAUUGGAUUUAUCUUCA